AUGUUGGCCAGCUUCCUUCGAAAGGUUUUCGAUAACCUAGAAGCUUUCAGCGCUAAAAAGUAUGUCAUCGUUACUGGCAAUGAAGCCUGUGAUCUGGACAGCAUUGCAUGUGCCACCGCAUUUGCCUACCUAAAACACCAGGAAGCUAAAAAUGAGAACACCUGUUAUAUCCCAGUGUGCAACAUUCCGCUUGAAGAUAUGCCCCUCCGAACAGAGGCUACACACUGGUUAAAUGCCUGUCGCAUUACCCCGAAGUCGCUAUUCUAUCAUGGGAAUGUUGAAAAACUUCUUGAAGAGACAGCCAAGAAAAAUGUGGACCUAGUUCUGGUAGAUCAUCAUGAACAGGCGUCCACAACCAUCUUCAAGGACUUACAGAUAACUGACAUAAUUGACCACCAUCCACUCUCGCCUGACUAUGUGCGUCCUCAAACAUGCAACUUUUUCCGAGUUGAACGCGUGGGAUCUUGUGCAUCUAUUGUGACAGACGAACUCACGAAGAGACUAUCUCGUGAUCAGAUCCCAAUAGAGCUUUGCCAGCUUCUCUAU